UUUUCCCUGCAGUUCCAAAGCGAUUGUCAACCUCCUCUACAAGAGGGGUGAAUCACUGGCCACUACACUACGUACAUAUAACGUGAGUUGUAGCGGUGUCGGUUGAUAUCGAUCUGCUAUCAUAACAGUGGAGGGUGGAUUAGGUCGAUCGGAAGCGUUCAUUAUUUGAACAGAUUUCACACUUGGGCAAGCCACAUUUGAUGACAAGCAUCUUCCGUUCAUUGGUCCAGAGGCACUUUUCUUACUUCAAUACUUCUUCCUUCGUCUUGGCCAACAAUCCCAACACCAUCAUUGUCAUCAUCGUUUAUCAUCAAUACCAUGAUGCAGUUCCUAAACCUAGGGGCCCUUUUGCCGUGAUUUUGGCGCAUUAGCAGGGUCAUGUCGGCGACUCUAAUUCAAAAUCGCAUGCCCCCGGGGCCAUUGAGGAGGUCAAGUCCUCAAUUGUUCACAUCUGAAGAGGAGCAAGUCUUCCAGAUCCAGCAUAUCACCUUACACCGUCCCAAGGAUGGCAAGGGUUUGGGCUUCACCAUUCGAGGUGGAGUGGAACAUGGUUUGGGACAUUUCGUCUCGGCCAUUGAACGAGGAUCUGAGGCACAUCUCCAAGGAUUGAGACCCGGCGAUCAGAUUCUGGCCGUGGAUGGAAUGAUGCUAACUGGUGCGACUCACCGCGAGGUGGUGACCUUGAUCUCGUCCCGAUGGACUUUGGAGAUUAGCGUCAAGAGCACCGGGGUCAUUCCCAUAAAAGAUCGGGUGGGUGAUCCAAUUACAUGGCACAAUAUCGCCGUCCGACCGGAACCACCGAUGAAUGAUGUCAUGAAACAUCUUCACACGAUUCCUGUUGAGUCGCACGUGGAAUCACGGGUCGUGAUUAGCAUCACGGGGAGUCAGGGAUUGGGAUGUUCCAUUUGCAAGGGCCCGUCUUCAAAGCCGGGGAUUUACAUUCAAUCUACCAAACCAGGUGGACUAGCUCGACAAGUGGGUUUACGACCCGGGGAUCAGAUUCUCGACUGCAAUGGGAUCAGCUUUCAACGGUUGGAGUUCAACGAAGCCGUGUAUCACCUGAAGUCCAGCCGUCACCUGGAUUUGCUCAUUCGGAAAGGGGCGGGUGCCGAUUUGUUCCCAUCGGAGUCCUCGGGCUACGACAGUUCCUCCAGCAGUUCCAUGGGGGACUCACGCCCUAAUCCCUAUCGAGCAUCGGUGGUGAUUGAUACCGCCAAGCUGUCCAAAUCGGCAUCAGACCUGUCCAUGAGCACCAAACCGACCGCCGUGUUCACUAACCGCUUACGAUUGGAAGAGAGGGUGAUCGAAGAGGAGCGCAAGAAAUUGGAGGAGGAACAGGAGCGCCUCAAGCGCGAGGCCAUGCGGCUCGAGGCUGAGAAGAAGCGCUUUGAGGAGGAGAAGAAGUUGACCACCACCCAGGCCAAGUCGAAAUCCAGCCCAGACCUAAAUGAUUCGAUUGACAGCUCAACUGAGAGCACUCUCUCGGGUGGAUUGGCCAAUCAAAUUCAAAAUGAGCUUCAACGACGGGCUCAGAAGACCACUGUAACGCCGACCCCGGCCUCUUCGGCGCUGUCGGUGAUUUCGGUGCCACUCCCACCUCCACCCCCGAAGAUCCCCCCUCAGAGCAACACGAAUACCAUGCAGAAGAAGGCCAUUCAAAAGGAAAAGACGUUGGCCAAUCUGAAGAAUGACAAGCAUGAUGCCCUCAUGGAGGAGUUUAAACGAGCUCAUCGCCGAAUGUUCAACUCUUCCACCCAAGAGGAUGAGGAGAAUCAACAACACCAGGAGCAACACCAGCGGGUUAUUGAAGACAUGAAUCAAAUGAAAGAAGACACGGAGUACGAAACCCAAGCGAUCGUGACUUCAGUGGCGGUGGAUUUAAUGCCCAAGCCUCAAGAAAUCAAAGCCGUCGUGAAGAAGGAAAUCAGUUUUGCUCUCGAGCCCAAAUCCACGAGCGACGCUGUAUCGAUUCAGUCGUCCACCACCACCACCACUACCACCAAAAGCUAUUGCAGUGACGAUACCUUGUCCGGAUCAUGCAGUUGUUCCAAUACCAUGUCGUCGAGUAACCCAUCGAACAGUAGCAGUUGCGAAGAGUCCGAGACCACGUUGUCCUACAUAGAAUCGGAGAAACCCGCUAAGUCAACCACACCGCCUUUCCCUCCGGAGCGCUCCUCAUCCAUAUCCCCGGCGGACAAGACCAACUCACCACAACCCAAGACUUCGUCCAUGUUGAAGAAGAAAAAAGUCCCAUUAUCGAGCUUCAAGCCGCCAUUGGCUCGGAAAGGGCAUCUCAACUCGCCUGGGAUCCCCACACCCGAUUACGACUCCACUCCAGAGCGGUCGCCGAAAUCGUUCAAGAAACGUCGAUAUCAACCCAAGACUUCGUCCAUGUUGAAGAAGAAAAAAGUCCCAUUAUCGAGCUUCAAGCCGCCAUUGGCUCGGAAAGGGCAUCUCAACUCGCCUGGGAUCCCCACACCCGAUUACGACUCCACUCCAGAGCGGUCGCCAAAAUCGUUCAAGAAACGUCGAUAUCAAAACUCCAACCUUUCUCGAUAUAGAAGCAACUCGAUGAGUAGUCUCCUCGAAGCCGCUCCGCCCACUGCCCCCAGUCUAAGAGAAGCCACGUUGAGGCGUUUGGCUCCCCGUCUUUCGCCCGCCAAGAGUGUGCCCGACCUAAUAGAGCGCCCUACGUCCAGAUCGGAGUCGACUUCCGGACGUAAUGGAGGAAGUACGUCCAAUGGCAGGAGCUUCGGCCAUCCUCACCAAGACAUCGGGGAGAUUGGCUCCUUGGAUUCUUUUUCCAUCAACGAUAGCACUCCCCGUGGUGAUCCCAAACCCCCUGCCCACUAUUUCGAGUGCCAAGCCAAUAAGAACACCAACACUCUAGUGACCAUGCGAUCAUACCUGCCCGAGAGACCGGAGCAAAUCCGGUUUGAGUUCCUGCCGCAACCCUCGCAGAAUAAGUCGGUUCGAUUCAAUGUUGGGGAAGAGGCUAUGAUUGCGGCCCAGGAUUAUCGGGUGGCCAAUGCCAGUCGCAAACCUCACAUGAAGACCUUGGAACAGCGACAGAUGAUGGCUAAAGUCAGUCCCAGGACCCGGGCUAGUCCCCGAUCUUCCCCCUCACCUAGCAGUCAUCUGACCAUGUCCUCGGAUGAUGAGCCCGCUCGAUUCCAAAGAAAUGGCCCUUUGAGGAAGUCGAGAGGACCCCUGACAAUGGCCCGGGGGAGCGAGUCCCUGAAAAAGAAGCCCCAGGCUCCGCCCCCUCCUCCGUCGGGACCACACAAUCAAAUGAAGAAUCAAGAGUUAAAAAUCUAGUCCACUCGAGCCAAGACGCUACUGCUCAUAGGUCCUCAUGCGAAGGAUCCUCCUCAUGCGAAGGAUGAUGUCGCCCGUAUUUAUGGAUGAACAAGUGAAAUAUAUAAGUACACAAAGUUGUUCCACGCCAUAGGUUAGCAUUUAUUGAGGCAGAGUUUGACAUUCAAUAAGUUGUUUCAUCUCGUUAAACUUUGGCUUGAGAGGGCCAAGAAUCAAUGGGAGGACUUGCGUCGAAAUAUGGCCGAUUCAAGUCUAACAUGGCUUGUGGCAACACGGGAGACAACCAUUGGCCAUUAAAUCCGGGGAGAGACGAUACAAAAUACGAGUGUGAUUUGGUGAUUCGCGAACACGCAGAAAGGAGAUGUUGGUGUUUUUUGAGUUCUCGAUGUUGAGAGUGAAUGAAGAAAAGUAUCAAAACUACAGAGGACGUCAUUGCGAGAUGAGUGGGACUGGUCUGCUGAUGUAGGUGUCAUCGAUGU